AUGUCUGGCGCGUCGGAUGCUGACCAUGAAGAUUUCUACCGCUACACGGGCGGGCGCUGGCUAUGGAAUGAGUCGAUGCAACUUAGGAACCGAUACAAGCGGUUUGAUGUGGCAGAGCUUCAGAGGAUUGCAGCUAGGAGCGUUGGAUCCAGGACCUGCUCACGUAUGAUCAAGCUUGCGGAGGGAGGAUCUAACAAGGUCUUCAGGCUUACUAUGGAUGAUGGUACAACCGCGAUUGCACGGAUACCGCAUCCUAAUAUGGGACCUCCAUUCAAGACGACUGCCUCUGAGGUUGCGACUAUGGAUUUUGUUCGAACUGUCCUCAAUAUACCAGUCCCAAAAGUGUUGGCUUGGAGUGGGAAUGCGGACAAUGCUGUCAAGUCAGAGUACAUAAUAAUGGAAGCAGCUGCUGGGACUCAGCUUGCAGACAUUUGGGAGGAUAUGGAGAUUGACAACAAGUUAAAAGUUGUGGAGAAUAUUGUCCUAAUCGAAAAGAAGCUGCUGUCCCUUUCAUUUAACCGUUACGGGAGUCUUUAUUUCGCGGACGACGCCUUUCCUGGAUGUGAAAAGGUGGAAAUUAUAGGGGAUAUACCCCGGUCACAGAAGAGAGAGAUUGAGAGCCGUUUUGUACUGGGUCCAGUUGCCAGCAAUGACUUCUGGGAUCGCGAACGAUCGCAUAUGGAUAUUGACCGCGGGCCUUGGGAAACAGCUCAAGACUAUCUCAGAGCAAUUCCUCGGCGUGAGAUUGCCUGGAUCAGCUAUCAUGCCACCACUGAACCUUCACAGAACUUGUUUAAAACAUCUGAAGCCCAAAUCUCCCCUAAUGCUCAUAUUGCCCUUUACAGGAAGUUCUCGACGGUUACAGAUCAUCUGUUGCCGAGAGAUCUGGAACUGAACCGACCCACCAUUUGGCAUUGCGAUCUCCAUUCCCCUAACCUAUUUGUUGAUGGUGACAGGGUUACCAGUGUAAUUGACUGGCAAGGUGUAUGGACUGGACCUCUCUUCCUCCAAGCACGGCAUCCAGCAUUGGUAAAUUAUAGUGGAGAAAUCGUGCUGAAGAUACCUGAUCAUUACAAAGACAUCGAAGAUGAAUCCGAGAAAGCGCGUAUCCGAGCACAAGUAGAAAAGUCAAUUUUGCUAUGGGCAUAUGAAUCUGACACAAAGGAAAACAAUUUCCUUGUCCAUGACGUUCUCCGCUUCCCACAUGGACGCACCGUUCGCGACGUGGUGGGGUUUUCUGCCAAUACUUGGGAUGGGGAUAUCUUACCAUUUAGAGAGAGCCUUAUCCGCAUUGUACGCCAUUGGAAAGAUAUUUGCCCUGAAAUGGCUUGCCCCAUUACAUUCUCAGAUGAGGAACUAAAGUCCCAUUACCGCGAUGCAGAGGGUUGGAAUGAGAUAGCAGACUUCUGGGACUCUUUGGAUGGAUUUGUCCAUCGCGAUGGAUGGACCUCCAACCAAAAUUAUGAAAAGGCGUACAAAAUAUAUCUUGAGCCACCAUGGCUGCCCAAUAAUCGCAAGCGCACCACACCUUGCAAGUUGGCUCAAUCGAUAUUAUUAGUGGACAAAUACUGGUGCCCUCGGGAGCAUGUGAUGCAUUCUGAAAUUCAGACGCUAAUACUGGCCAUAAUAGGUGGAAGCAUAGCCUAUGAUACAGAAUUAGCGCAGCGGCCCCUCCUUGAGAAUAUCCGUACGAUAUCUCUCACCACUUUCGGCGACCCAGUGUCCCCUGGGAAAGUUCAAAAACCCACAGAUAUCCUUACCUGUCAUUCCGUCCGGGAUCGUAUGCGGUUGAAUCUGGCCAUGCUCGCCAUAACCCUUCCAGAUUUCUUGCAGAUCGCUGAAGGUAGUGAAGCCCUCUACCUGUCCUUCGAGCAGAAAAAUACGCUCUCUUGGAAGUCCAGCAACCUUAGCAGCAGACACAGCAACCUUCAACGAGCUCUGGGUUGUCAUUAG